UACCGGAAGUGACGGCUCGUCUUCUCGCGGAGCUUUGACACAACAUGGCGGCUGUGAUGAGGGUCGUGGCUGGUAUCCGGUUCGGAGCCCGGUUCUCCUCUUGCAGGCCAACUAGAAGCUCCUCCAGCUCCGCCGCGGACCCACCCAGGUCCGGCUUUGCUGCGGCCUUCGACCAGCAGUCGGAGCUCCGGCGGGAGGUGCAGAGCUCGGCGGCCGGUCCUCGGGUGUCCUCCUCUGUCCAGGACCAGAGCUUCGCCUCGCUGCUGCGCCGGUCCCCGCUGGUCCAGAUGGGUCCGGCCAGAGACAAGCUGGUGGUCGGAAGGAUCGUCCACGUGGUGGGGGACGACCUGUACGUGGACUUCGGCGGGAAGUUCCAUUGCGUGUGUCGGCGUCCGGCGGCCGGAGGAGAGAAGCUGCAGCGGGGAACCAGAGUCCGUCUGCGGCUGCAGGACCUGGAGCUCACCGCCCGGUUCCUGGGGGCCGACACCGACACCACCCUGCUGGAGGCCCAGGCCCUGCUGCUGGGCCCAGUGGACGGACGGGAGCCGCAGAGCCGGGACUGAGACCGCAGGACUGUGGACCUGAGCUGGACUAAAUGUUGGUUCUGGCAGCUGGACGAGCAGAACCUCAGCAGAACUCUGGAGCUGCUUCCAUAAAACCCUGAAACUGAUUCUGAUGUAAACCGGAACCGGUUCUGUGUGUGAACAGUUGUUCAACUGAAUGUUUAAGUUAAAUAUAUUUUACAGAAUUAAACAUCAGUGUUUCUACUGGUUCUUCUAUUAUUAUUAUUUAACCUUUCAUUAAACCUUUAUUUAACCUUUAAUUAGCCUUUUAUUUAACCUUUAUUUAACCCUCCUAUUAUCUUUGGGGUUAAUUUGACUCCAGUAUUUAUCCUUCAUAAACUAACAGCUGACUUUUAUUUUUCCUUCAUAUUUCAUGACUCUUUGAUGAUUUGACUGAUUCAGAAUAAAAUGAUCAUGAUGUUUUUUUUUUA